AUGUGUAACUUGGCAUGUCUUAUUGAAAACAAUGAGAGAUGUCGACCUGGUCAUGGCACUGUGCCAGAGGUCAACUAUCGCACCACAGCUGACAGUGGCACUGUGCCAGAGUUUAACUAUUACACCACAGCUGACAGUGGCACUGUGCCAGAGUUUAACUAUUACACCACAGCUGACAGUGGCACUGUGCCAGAGUUUAACUAUUACACCACAGUUGACAGUGGCACUGUGCCAGAGUUUAACUAUUACACCACAGCUGACAGUGGCACUGUGCCAGAGUUUAACUAUUACACCACAGCUGACAGUGGCACUGUGCCAGAGUUUAACUAUUAUACCACAGUUGACAGUGGCACUGUGCCAGAGUUUAACUAUUACACCACAGUUGACAGUGGCACUGUGCCAGAGUUUAACUAUCACACCACAGUUGACAGUGGCACUGUGCCAGAGUUUAACUAUCACACCACAGUUGACAGUGGCACUGUGCCAGAGUUUAACUAUCACACCACAGCUGACAGUGGCACUGUGCCAGAGUUUAACUAUCACACCACAGUUGACAGUGGCACUGUGCCAGAGUUUAACUAUCACACCACAGCUGACAGUGGCACUGUGCCAGAGUUUAACUAUUACACCACAGUUGACAGUGGCACUGUGCCAGAGUUUAACUAUCACACCACAGUUGACAGUGGCACUGUGCCAGAGUUUAACUAUCACACCACAGCUGACAGUGGCACUGUGCCAGAGUUUAACUAUCACACCACAGUUGACAGUGGCACUGUGCCAGAGUUUAACUAUCACACCACAGCUGACAGUGGCACUGUGCCAGAGUUUAACUAUCACACCACAGUUGACAGUGGCACUGUGCCAGAGUUUAACUAUCACACCACAGCUGACAGUGGCACUGUGCCAGAGUUUAACUAUUACACCACAGUUGACAGUGGCACUGUGCCAGAGUUUAACUAUCACACCACAGUUGACAGUGGCACUGUGCCAGAGUUUAACUAUCACACCACAGCUGACAGUGGCACUGUACCAGAGUUUAACUAUCACACCACAGCUGACAGUGGCACUGUGCCAGAGUUUAACUAUCACACCACAGCUGACAGUGGCACUGUGCCAGAGUUUAACUAUCACACCACAGUUGAUAGACAACUAGACAGAGAGACAGAGAGACAGACAAAGACAGAGUCGUCCCACACCCUCUGGGAAGUGACUGGAACCCUGAGAACUAGCCCCCAGCGCGCCCCAGGGGGCCAUCAGCCACAAGAUAUCGGCGUGAGGCAGUGGCAAUUAGUAAAUAUUGUGGAUAAAUGGCGAUGCUUUGAGGAUAUUUUAUUGCUUAGUUAA